AUGAGACACGGCGCCGGAGCGGUGCCACUGCUGCUCAACAUGUACCUGCCAGCGGCGGGGCAGGCGAGGGGGAGCAGCCGGGGGCUGCGGGGAGGCUGCCCGCAGGCAGGCGCUGGGGGGUCGUGGUUCCGCCUGGCCCCGGCCCCCCCACCCGCGCCCCUUUUUCCUGCAGAUCCAGUCGGGGAAACUUUGUUCAAAGACGGCAAGAGCCAGGCGUGGGGGUCCCUCAACCCGGGUGUGCAGAAAGGAAGCGGGCAGAUCCAGCUGUGGCAGUUCCUGUUGGAGCUGCUCUCGGACCGGGCCAACUUGAACUGCAUCGCGUGGGAAGGCACGAAUGGAGAAUUCAAGCUGAUUGAUCCCGACGAGGUGGCGCGUCGCUGGGGCGAGCGGAAGAGCAAGCCCAACAUGAAUUACGACAAGCUGAGCCGUGCCUUACGCUACUACUAUGACAAGAACAUCAUGACCAAGGUCCAUGGCAAGCGCUACGCCUACAAGUUCGACUUCCAUGGGCUGGCACAGGUGUGCCAGCCUGCCACCCCUGAUCAUACCCUCUACAAAUUCCAGGGCAACCUGGCUCCGCUGCCCUUUUCGGGCAUCUCCAAACUCAACCUCAUGACCUCAGGGGUCACGCCAGCCGGCUUCUCCUACUGGCCUGGCUCCAGCCCAUCCCUCUACCCUGGGCACAGCCUUCAGCCCUCUGCACCCUUCAGUGCCAUGGCAGCCUCCCACCUUAACAACAUGAACAACCAUUACCAUUAGAGGCACAGCUGCUCCCUGUCCACGGCAAUGUGGGGCUGUGCCAGGCUGGGGGGCUCACAGGGAGGGGAUGAGGUGUGGGAUCAUGCUCUGCUCUCAGCUGCCCUCUCUUUGAUUCGGAGAGUGGUAUGGGAGGAGAGGGGUGGUUGCGGAGUAGCUGGACUCGUUCCCCUAUGAAGGUGAUCACAGGGCAGAAGACAUCUAAAUUAAGGGUGAGGAGGCAUCCAUGGCCUUGGGAGUGUUCAAGACACUUCAAAAUGGGGUGUGAAUGGAAGGGAAAAAUAGACCUCCCCCCAGCAGGGACCCAGACCCCUCCCUUUCUUUUGCAAUACGCCCCUCACCCCAUAAAUCCCAUCGACGCGUACCUCUGCUCCUAGCUUGUGCCUGCCUUCCUGUCUCCCCACAGAGACCCUCACAGCUCUCUGAGCCUGCAGGACUCAGGAGCUGGAUUUCCACGACAGCUUUAUCUGUGGGCGACAGUCCCACUGGGCAGGGAUGGGAGGGGGCUCUCCUUGCAGCUCUGUGGUCCCUCAUCCCUGUCUUCAAACCCUUCCUUUCCUCCCAUAGGCUGCCACCACUCCUACACCUCCUGCCCCGUCUCCUCUAGACCACAGGAGAAGUCUCCAGUCUGGAGAGCAAGUCCUCUGCACCAGCUAACUCCUACGUGGGGUGGAUGUGCUCUGAGGUAGAGGUGCUGGGGCAGGCAUGAGGGCACUGCUGUCUAGGGCAUAGCCUGGAGGGAACAGAGCCCGGCAACUGCUACUCUGCCCUCCUCCACAUGCAUGAGGCCCAUGCUGCAGAGCAGGAUGGUCCCAGACACCCUGUACACGAGCCCUGGCCUUGCUGUUCUGUUCCAGAUAAAGUUAAUGCUUGUUUUACUGUGGCUUCAGCCGCCUGCAUGCAGGAUUUGGUGGGAGAUCCUUCAAGGAUGGGGAACCUCCAAGGUACAAGACCAGGGGGAAGUGGAGCAGGAGAAAGGCCAACACCAGGGCUGUGAGCCUCAGGCACUUAAGGGCAGGCCUGGGUCUCUCCAUGAAAGUGCCACCACCCUCCAGUGUAGGGCUUUGUCCCAGUGGCCAAAAGUGGCCCAGUGGCAGAAGAACUGAGCAUGCCGGACUCUGUGCAGGCUGUGGGAGGUAAAUUAUCUUCAAUAAAAUGGAGAGGUGCUGUGACCUACA